AAAUCCUUGCCGGAAACUUUGGUUCAUCGCCCCGCCCGUCCUCUUCGAUAUCUUAACCGACCCCUUCUCCUCCUCUUCUGCUUCCUCGUCUCCCUUCUUCCUCUUCUCGCCAAUCUCACCUGAUCGAAACCCCAACCAUUUUGAUCAUCUCCAAUUUCUCGCCCUCCCCCAUCGCCAUGAGAAGGAGAUCGAUCCAGUCCACUUCUGCCGCAUCUUCAUCUUCCCGCCACUUCGAUCAUCCCACAAACCCGCACCCCCGCCGAACCCUAGAUUGGGUUCCGAUCAUAUGGCACCGAAUUCGCGCACUCCUUCAAGUCCUGGUGGCGGUGGUGCUAAGAAAGUUUUGGGGCUCUGUCCCGAACCGCCCCGGAUCAACUUCGAACCGCGAGUCCGCCGAAGAUGAUCACAACAACACAUCCAUGGGUGAUCUCGAUCGUCUGCCCACCGAUGUCUUCGUGCAGGUACUGAAGCUCCUUGGGCCGAAGGAGGCCGCCAGGUCGGGCCUCGUGUGCAAGUCGUGGAAGGUUUUGGUGUCGGACAAUAGACUCUGGGUCUUCUUCCUAACGCAUGGGAAGCAUCCAUUCGACACCGUGCUAUUUGCCGAGACGCACUUGAGAUCAGGGCCGAUGUUGUACUUUGAUCACUCGCAGCAAAUAUCCUUCAUGCACAUCUUUGCAGAACGUGCCAUAGUUCCAGGUGCCAUUAUUGUUGAUGGUGGAUCUGGUUAUUGCAAAUAUGGUUGGAGCAAAUAUGCUGCUCCAUCUGGACGUUGUGCAACAUUUUUGGAAUUUGGCAACCUGGAGUCUCCAGUGCAUUCAAGGCUUCACCAUUUCUUCUCGACAAUCUACAGCAGGAUGCAGGUGAGGGCAUCAUCUCAUCCAAUAAUUGUCUCUGUUCCAAUCUGCUACCCUGAGGAUACUGAAGCUGCCAGAGCAUCUAGGAGGCAAUUGAGAGAGGCAAUAUACUCGGUCCUGUUUGAUAUGAAUGCUCCAGCAGUUUGUGCCAUUGAUCAAGCUGUUUUAGCUUUAUAUGCAGCGAGACGGACUUCUGGAAUUGUUGUUAAUAUCGGUUUCAAUGUCACCUCAGUAGUCCCAAUUCUUAGAGGCAAGGUGAUGCAUGAAGUGGGAAUUGAAGUGUUGGCAUUAGGUGCUCUAAAACUUACUGGAUUUCUCAAGGAACUAAUGCAGCAGAGAAAUAUAAAUUUUCAGUCUCUAUAUACUGUUCGAACAAUCAAGGAGAAACUGUGCUAUGUGGCCUCUGAUUAUGAUGCAGAGUUGCAUAAAGAUACCAAGCAAUCAUGUGAAGUUGCAAGUGAGGGUUUGUUCACCCUAUCAAAAGAAUGCUUCCAAACCGGAGAGAUUCUUUUUCAGCCACAUAUUGGGGGACUGUAUUCAAUGGGUUUGCAUCAAGCUGUAGCUUUGUGUAUGAACCACUGCUUAGCUGCUGAAGUUGCGACUAAUGAUGGAUGGUUUAAAACCGUCGUUUUGGCUGGUGGAACAUCAUGCUUACCAGGAUUGCCCGAGAGGUUGGAGAAAGAGCUCCACAAACUUCUUCCACCAUUAAUUUCUGAAGGAAUAAAAGUAAUUCCUCCACCAUAUGGCACUGAUUCUGCCUGGUUUGGAGCAAAGAUCAUCAGCAAUGAAACUACAGCAGGAGAGCUGAAAAAGACUGAACCCUAUGGAAUUAAGAGAGCAACACACAUCACCAAGAUAUCACAGCUCUCUGGAAUUUUUGGCAGUUGCAGCUGGAUGCGAGGGGAAUUGGGAGUGAGUUUCCCGGCACCUGAAUCCCAAGCGUGACCAUAUUAAGUUGGAUCAUUUGAUGCUUUCGGCCUAACAUCAUGUAAAAUCAGGUGAGCACCUUUUGUGAUGCAUGGUGUAUUACCAAAAAACAGUUUCGCCAGAAUCCCAGACGCAUAAGUGGUGAUUAAGAUUUUGGUUUCUGGUGCCUGGACUGCUUCCUAGGAUCUCUUACCAUAUUACAAGCUAUUGCAGUAGAUAAUAUGAUACCCCAUUUUCACAUUUCAGUCAAGCACACUAUUCAUUGUUUUCAAUAAUAAUUGUUGCUGCUGUACAUUCACCUCCAACAUUCACAAUAAGCAAAUGGCUGUCUAGUUAUCCACUCCACUGAAGUAGAUAUGUAAGACAUUCUUAGGAACGGAAUCUUGCCUGUCUUUGAUAUCACAAAACAGCUCACUGUUGUAAUAAAAUCAAGAUGGAGCAGUGAAGUAAAUUCACGUGCUAUUUUUUAA